UCUUAUAACUACAGUUGUGUAGUUGUAUAACAUCUUUGGCGUGCACAAACUCCAAAAUGUGUUAGUUCAUUGGUAGGAAAACGGAAUUUCUUUGGAGUCGAACAGGCGUGUUUCGCCGAAACGUGCUCGUAUGCUGUCGUAUGCUUUGGUACCGAUGUUGCGCAUGUGCAUGUGUUGUGAUUAAAGGCAGAGCUGAUGAGAUUUGUUCCUUUCUAGUAAAUCUUAGUGAAAAGUGGUGAUUUAAUUAAAAACCAUAAACAUGUCGGUUCAGCAAAAGGUAUUAAUGCGUAAAAUUUCUAAAAGUCAAAAGAAAAAGUUAAUGCUCUCUCAGAAGAAAGAACAGGAAGACGAAGACUUAAAUGACGAACUGGAGUCUGAGGUGUCAAGUGCGAGUUCGACUAAGCGUAUUAAAGAUACAGACGAAAGUGAGGGUCCAGUGAAAAAGAAAAAGAAAAAAUCCAAGAAGGAGAAAACUAAUGAAGCCAGCAAUCCAGUUGAUGAGACUGAACUUGCAGUGUCAGAUGAUGAGUAUCAAAAACACAAUGAAGAUCUAGGACAAAAAUUACCAGGAUCUGGAAUUGGUUUGGGAAUAUUAUCAGAUACCUCUUUCAAGUCUCUUGAAAAGGUUACUUUAAAAGCUAUUAAUGACAUGGGCUUUACAAAAAUGACCGAAAUUCAAGCUAGAAGUAUUCCUUCUUUGCUGGAAGGACGCGAUUUAGUUGGGUCAGCAAAAACUGGUUCCGGCAAAACUUUGGCUUUCUUAGUGCCUGCUGUGGAGUUGAUCUACAAAUUGAAAUUCAUGCCACGUAAUGGAACUGGCUGUAUUAUUAUAUCCCCAACAAGAGAGUUAUCUAUGCAAACAUUUGGAGUUUUAAGAGAAUUGAUGAAAUAUCACAAUCACACAUAUGGGCUCUUAAUGGGUGGAGCAAAUAGAAAUGCUGAAGCACAAAAAUUAUCUAAAGGUAUUAAUAUAAUAGUGGCCACUCCAGGAAGACUAUUGGAUCAUCUUCAGCAUACUCCAGAUUUCUUGUUCAAAAAUUUGCAAUGUUUGGUAAUUGAUGAAGCUGAUAGAAUCCUUGAAGUUGGAUUUGAAGAAGAAAUGAAGCAAAUUAUUAAUCUAUUACCGAAGAGAAGGCAAACAAUGUUAUUUAGUGCUACGAGUAACAACAAGACUGAAGAACUAACUAAGUUAGCUGUGAAACAGGAACCUAUAUAUGUUGGGGUUGAUGAUCACAAAGAUGAAGCCACAGUAGCAGGGUUAGAACAAGGUUAUGUUGUAUGCCCUUCAGAAAAAAGGUUUCUUCUACUUUUCACGUUUUUGAAGAAGAAUCGUAAGAAGAAGAUUAUGGUGUUUUUUAGCUCGUGUUUGGCUGUGAAGUAUUAUAAUGAGCUCUUGAAUUACAUUGAUUUGCCUGUGAUGUGCAUUCAUGGUAAACAAAAACAAGAAAAGCGAACAACAACAUUUUUCCAGUUUUGUAAUGCUGAUACAGGCAUUUUAUUGUGUACUGAUGUAGCUGCAAGAGGUUUAGAUAUUCCUGCAGUGGAUUGGAUUGUUCAGUAUGAUCCUCCAGAUGAUCCAAAGGAAUAUAUUCAUAGAGUGGGAAGAACAGCUAGAGGUGAGGGAGGUCGAGGUCACGCUCUUUUAAUUCUUCGUCCUGAAGAACUUGGCUUUCUACGAUACUUAAAGGAAGCCAGAGUUCCUUUAAAUGAAUUUGAUUUCUCAUGGAACAAGAUUGCUGAUAUUCAACUUCAGUUGGAGCAGCUCAUAUCCAAAAAUUACUUCUUAAAUCAAGCGGCCAAGGAGGCUUUUAAGUCGUAUGUGCGUGCUUAUGAUUCUCAUUCAUUGAAGCAAAUUUUUGACGUGCACACUCUUGAUUUGCAAAAGGCAGCACAUUCUUUUGGUUUUUCUGUUCCACCUGCAGUUGAUCUUCAUGUUCAUAGCAGUAAGAAGGACCGUCCUCGAAAACGACUUGGAGGUGGAGGUUAUGGAUCUUUCAAGAAUUUGAACCGUUCAGAUCCUCGAUUCAAGAACAAGAUAUAUUCCCAGCCACAAAGGAAAAAGCAUAAUGAUAGUCGCCAAUUUUCUCGAAUCUAAUUCAUUGGAUAAAGUAAAAUUUUGUAGGGAACAAUGCAUUUGUUUGUAAAGUAUUUUAUUGUUUAAAAUUUCCAAACUUAAUAAUAUGCAAUGAAAAACUUAGUGCGUAUUAUCGUUAAUGAUGUGUAUGUGACUUUCAAAUCAAUAAUGUACAAAUACAUAUUUUUAUGUAUAUAUGGUUCUUUAUUAUCUUUAAAAUAUAAAGACAUUUAAAUGCCUCCCGUGCACAUAUUUUUUCAUUUUCUUUUAUUAUUUGUGUUGCGUUUCUUGAUGUUGAUGAGCUUUGUGUUGGUACAUUUGGCAUGUACAAAUUGGGAUCAUACCAAAGAAAGUGUGAACAUCCAUGGAAUUUUAAUUUAAGCUGGCAACUUGGUAAUAGUAUGUUGAAGGUGAACAAGUGCACACAGAUUAAAUAAGCUGAAGUUAAGUCACAGCUACUUUUGAAUUCAAUAAUGUACUUGGACAAUAAACAUAAAACUAGAGCAGACUCGGAAAUGAUGGUGGUAGCAGUUGGAGAGGGAGUGGUUGGAAAAAAUGUGCUCAUGGUCUGAGAUUGGAAAACAUAUGCUCACAGCUUCAUACCUGCCAAUUCAGGAGCAUCUUUGUAAUAUUCCUUUCCCAACUCAGUUUUGGGCUAAUGAAGGACAGUAAAAUAAUUUUUUAUAUGCCAAAUUAACAAUAAACUUUGUGAAUUUAUACCAUCCUAGUAGACUCGUGAACACUAAAUAAUUAUAUAUUAGAAUGUUUUUUCUUAAAUAUUUAAUUAUUUUGAAAUUUUUGAUUAGUUGGUCAUCAAAUAUAUUAACUUUCUGUGUUUCUGAACAACGGGAGACUGGUGGUCUUUGAUACACGGAUGUAUGAUACUCAUGAAAUUUCUCUUUCAUUAUUGGCAGCAUUAAUUUGUAAUUCAUAUAAUUUCAUUGUUACUUCCUGUUUCGUUGUGUGAUGUCAUUUCCUACUGCUUGGAAUGCACAUAUUUUGAAGAGGAACUCUAAAGGUUAAGUAUUUUAAAAACAUAUUGUUGUAAUUGUAAUAUUUUAUUUCAGUUGUUAGUAAAAGAUAUUCGGUGAAUUGGAAUUACAUGUUUUUUAGUUUUGUGAAUAUGGUUCUGUCUUGUCUUUAUUAGUCAUAAUUUUUCAUUUGAUCAACAAAACCUUUAGCCAUGCGACCAGAGGAUACAUGAUACACGCCAAUAGGGGCGGAAUGAUUCAUUAUCAUAUAUCCCCUACUUAUCUUUGUUAUUUAUAUUAUAUCAGUGAUUUUGUUAUAAAUUAAACUUGGGUCUAAUAUUUAU